CACAUUGUUUCCUAACUCCUGUCUCUCCGGGCAGUAGCAGAGCAGUAGAGAGCCGGCACUGGUCAGAUUACUCGGUGACUCAACCAAGGCCUUUGUUUCUUGUUAUCUUUGCAAAUACUUCAUUUUCUUAGCAUUGCAGGAAAUUACAACAUCCUGCAGUUCUGUUUCUGGGAACUUUACUGAUUUAUCUCCUCACUUGAAGAAAAUAAGCAUUGAUUCCUGCAUUUCUGAAAAAUCUGAAGAUCUGGACCACUGUUGAAAAAAUUUCCAGUGAGGCUCACUUAUAUCUGCAAAGAUGGGGAAAAAAUACAAGAACAUUGUUCUACUAAAAGGAUUAGAGGGCAUCAACGAUUAUCAUUUUAGAAUGGUUAAGUCCUUACUGAGCAGCGAUUUGAAACUUAAUCCAAAAAUGAGAGACGAGUAUGACAAAAUUCAGAUUGCUGACUUGCUGGAAGAAAAGUUCCCAGGUGAUGCUGGUUUGGGCAAACUAAUACAAAUCAUCAAAGAAAUACCAACACUUGGAGACUUUGCUGAAACUCUUAAAAAAGAGAAGUUAAAAGCACAAGGACAAACCCCAUCAAAAAAGAGGAAGCAGGAAAUGGAUCCUGCUGUACCUGCACCCUCCGCAAUCAGCACUGUCAAAGCUAAAGGAGCAGAGGCAACUCCUGGAGAUCAGAAAGGAAAAAAAAAAAAGUCUGAAACCAAAAAGAGUAAGAUGUCGGAGGAGCAGAUACAGCCUCCCUGUCCUGCUGGAGCCAGCGUGUUCACAGCUGUGGGCCAUUCCCCACUUCCCCAGCCCUCAUCAUCAGCUCCACCCAACGCUUUCUCCAUCGAGAGCCCAAAACCAGUGGUCAAACGUCAGGUAACUGCCAGAAGAAAUGCUCCCAAAAAGGGCCCAAUGAUAGUGAAGGUACUGAGUGCAACAAAGCCAUUUGGAUAUGAGACCCCAGAAAAGGAGAAAAAAAUGAUGUUUCAUGCUACAGUGGCUACACCAACACAGUUCUUCCACGUGAAGGUUUUAAACAUCAACUUGAAGGAGAAAUUCAGUGGCAAGAAAAUCAUCGCCAUAUCAGAUUAUUUGGAAUAUGAUAAUCUCCUAGAGGUCAAUGAAGGAUCUUCUGUAUCUGAAGCUGGUCCUGACCAACAGCUUGAAGUUCCAAAUAAAAUCAUCAGCAGAGCAAAGGAAACUCUGAAGAUUGAUAUUCUUCACAAACAAGCUUCAGGAAAUACUGUAUAUGGGAUAUUUACACUACAUAAGAAAGAAGUAAAUGAAAAACAGAAGAGUACAACCUAUGAAAUUGAGGAUGACAGAGGAAAAAUGGAUGUAGUGGGGACAGGACAAUGUCACAAUAUCCCCUGUGAAGAUGGAGAUAAGCUCCAUCUUUUCUGCUUCCGACUUAGAAAAAAGAACCAGAUGUCAAAACUGAUUUCAGAAAUGCAUAGUUUUAUCGAGGUAAAGAAAAAAACGAACCCGAGAAAUUAUAACCCCAAGAGCAUGAAACUACCUCCGGAGCAGAGUCAGCUUCUAAAUACUUCAGAGGCCAGCAUAACCCUCCCUGAGAGCCAUCCUCAGACUCCUCAGAUGCCACCAAUAACCGCAUCCAGAAGUUCCAUCAUCAAGGAAAGUGAAGACCCAUUCAAAAUAAAUGACCCCUGGAGGGUGCGUAAGGAAACGUGGCAGUUUCCAGGACCGUCCAUGACCAGCAUAAGCCCAGCUGGGAGCCAUUUCCAGACUCCUCAGAUGUCUGCAUCAACACCAAGCAGCAGUUUCUUUACCACGGUCAUGAAGAGGGAAAACAAGAAAGACGAACUCAGUCCUGAUUCAUAUAUGAAAACUUCAUCAAACUCCUUCUUCUAAAAUCCAUUGAUAAUACUGCUUAUGGAGAUAAGAUCUAAGUGCCUAAAAAAUGUACAUAUACCUGGUUGAACUACAACACUAGAUAUAUGUCGCUAUUAUAUAUACCAGCUAUUAAUUCUUAGAAAUGGGGUAUUGGGAGUGCUUUUUUUAAUUCUUUAGGGUUUUGUAUAAAAGGCCAUAUUUUGCAUCUACAACUUUUAUAAUUUGAAAAAAACAAAUAAACGUUAUCUUUCUUUGUGAAAGAAAUUCUUCCCCGGCAGUCUCUUUAAUCCAUCCAUGAGCUGCUUAAAAGCAAAUAGUUUGUGGUCUGCAAAUCAGGGUGCGGCACACGGGCCUCAAGCAAUAUUUGGAUUUGUACUUUGGGUGUGAUCUUUACAGGAUAAGGCCCUAGUCAAGAAUGAACAGGCUAUGUUCUGCUGAGAGGAGCCAGGCUGAAGGGAUAGGUAAGGGUGAAAUCCAGCCUGCGGUUCGGUUGCUAAGCAUUGUGUUAUUGUUUUAGCCCAGAGCAGUAGAUAUCUUUUCAGAAUUGGUUUCCUGGACGGGGCAUAAUUGGGUAAUUUUUCUGCCAAAUGAGGUGCCUUCUGGUGCUGUGCAUGAAGGCACUUGUCUAUGUUAGAGAAAUAUCUGGGCCUGCCUGAUGUGAAAUAUCUGGUUUUAUUCACUUCCUCAAACACCAACGGCUCUUCAGGCGUGUUCUAACCAUAUUUCCUGUUCUCACAAUGCACUAUAGUAAUCUGACCCAUUAGAAAGCUGCCCCAGUAGGCAAACAGUGAAGAUAAUUAAUUUUCUUUAGAACAGAAUAGCAGAAAGUAGGCAUCUAAAACUAAAAUUUAGCCAAAUUUAUUGAUUAUAUAUUUGGUACCUGAUACUUUGCAAUUAUUUUGUGGCACUUAAUCUUCAUAUUAGCUCUAGAAGUUUGAUCAUUUUUUCCCUUUUACUCACCCUAUAAUAUGUGACAAAGAAUAGAAAGGCAAAGUCACUUUCGUAAUGACACUUAGUAGAGAGCUUGUUUUAGAACCCAGGCUGCUGUUCUCGUUUGGGGUGUGCGUGUUAGGAGAUGUGUGUGGGGCUGUGGUGGAAGCUGUGAGGGAUGGAAUGGGGACGUCUACCACUGUCGCAGGGUUUUUUCUUUAGUUCAGCUAAACAUGGGGGUCCUUAUCACACGGCCAUGAAAAAUUAGGCUCGCAGACAAUCUGAAGAGUGAGAAGGGCAGAGUUUAUUGGGUGAAAAGCAAAAGAGGGAAACAGGAAAUUGGGUAAAAACGAAACUCUGCAAAGCCACACUCCCUGCUGGUGUGCUUCCGGCCUUGCAGUAUUAAUUUCGGGUUCCACCCAGGAAGAGGAGGGGCCAGACUCUUCCCCACUGCAGAUGGUACGAACUUCUGUGGCUCCGACCCCGUGCACGCUCCUCCUGGUGUGCAGGCUGGAGUUUCUCUGGCGACCCCUUCCCACCUGGCGGUCUCAUUGCCUCCUCUAAAGAAGUGUGCGGCUAACUGCCCUUAGAGUAAGGACAAGGAUAAGGACGAAGACCGAUCUUAACUGCUUUCUGCUGACAGGGGGCGCUGUGUUGGGGAAAACAGCAAUCAAAGUCUCUCAGAGGCCUAUUUAAGGGUUCCCGGCAGAGGGGGCCAUUGCCUGCCUCUCCAGUUGCGUGACUGUUUGGAGUUUGAUGGCCUGAAGGCAAGAAGAGACCAAUGGUGUUAUUAGAAAACAUGUAUCAAAACGAAACAAGGGGAGGGGUAAGAAUAGUUCAAAAAUCCCAAGGCCUUUGAUCAGUUCGUACAAAGAGAGGGAGGCCAAAAGCCUAACUGGUAAAAAACAAAAACAAAAAACUUUACCCUUUGCCUGCAUGUGGGGCUUCUGGGUUCCCUUCUCCUGAACCCAAUCCUAAACUGACCAGUUUAAAGUUUGGGAAAUUAACUCUUUCCAGUUUGAAGGAUGCAUCUGAAGGGAGUGUCCCCAUAGUAUGGAGACACAAGUGCCUAUCGGUGAAGAGAGAACUGACAGGGAGAAAGGAAAAAUGAAUGAUGUUUUAUCAAAGGAGUCCCACGGGUUCAGGAUGCAUUUGAAAGGGAUACAGACUGAAAAUGAAUGGCUACUCAUCUAGAAGGAGGGGAGCAGGCAUCCCUGGUUCUCUUCCUAGCAGAUACCUGGGGUAUAUGAGGGAGAGAAGGAAGAGUGUCCUCUUUCCCUCUUCUAGCUUCACAUCCCUGAGUCCCUGUGUAGAAUUUUGAGUCUGGCUUCUUUCACUGAGUGUACAAUAAAGAUCUAUCCACGUAGAUGUGUGUAUCAGUAAUUUAUUCCUUUUUAUUGCUAAGUACAAUUCGAUUAUGUGGAUCUACCAAAGUUUGUCUAUUCAUUUUUCAGGUAAGAGAUAAUUUUUUACAGUUUUGCAUAAUUACAAAUAAGCUUUCAUGAAUAUUUACGUGCAGAUUUUUGUGUGAACAUACAUAAUUAUUUCAAGUGGAUAAAAAUACUUAGAGCAAGUUUGCUGUAUCAUGUAGUAAGCAUAUGUUUAAAUUUAUAAGAAAUUGCCAAACUCUUUUCUAAAGUGACUUUAAGGCUUUUCAUUCCCACCAGCAAUAAGUAAGGGUUUCAGUUGUUCUGUAUCCUCCUCAGGCCAUAGCAUUGUAGAUAUAUAUUUUUAAAAAUGGACAAACUCUUUUGCAUAAAAGUUAUAUCAUUUGACAUUCCCACCAGCAAUGCAUGACAGUUUCAAUUUUUCCAAAUCUUUGUCAGCACUUGAUUUGGCCAAUGUAUCUUAAUUUUAGCUGUUCUAAUAAAUGUAUAGUGGUACCUCA